AUGGACUAUUUAUUAGCAAAGUUUCGUAAAAAAGAACCAAAAAAAGAAGUUACUUUCGAGGAUCUGCAAGCUGUUCUUUUACGUACACAACCUCCUCCUAAAAAAAAAAAUCUAUCAACAUGUGACUAUAAUGAAAUUUGUCCAAAAGUUUAUGUUGGAGAUUGGAAUACCGCAAAAAAUCUUAAUUUAUUGUUGUCACUGGGUAUCACACAUGUAGUAAAUGCUGCCCAAGGUAUUGGAUUUGGCAUGGUUGAUACAAAUGAACAGUUUUAUCGUCCAUUUAAUAUUCAAUACAUGGGUUUGGCUUUGUGUGAUGAUCCUAAUGUUGCAAUAAAUGAAUAUUUUGAUAGCGUAUCAAAUUUCAUAGAUGACGCACUAUCACAAAAAGGUAAGGUUUUGGUUCAUUGCAUAAUGGGUAUUUCAAGAUCCGCAACAAUUACAAUUGCUUAUUUAAUGAUAAAAAAAGGAUUAAGAGCUAAGGAAGCAGUGGAAAAGGUAAAAAAAGCAAGAGAUAUAAGACCUAACAAUGGAUUUCUUAAACAACUAGCUCAACUUGACAACGACAGAGUACAUAAUAAUAAUAUUUAACAUUGGUGCUGUAAACAUGUAAUAAUAAAAAAGAAAUUAUAUUGAAUUAUUUUCAUA